AUUCGAAGCGCGCGUUUCGUUGCAGUUUUUAAGUUGGUCAAAAAUGAAAGCGUUUUGCCUUUGCCUGCUGUUCACAUCAGCCUUCUGGGCAAUGCGAGGGGCUGCCUUAUCAACACCCUGCCAGCUAAGGGAAACAAACUACGGCAGUGUUUGCGUCUGCAACAGCAGCUAUUGCGAUUACCUGGAACAGCCCGAACUGAACGAUAACGUUCAUAUUGUGGCGAUUAGCUCGAGCAAGAGCGGCUUGCGUUUUAAGAGAUUCGAUGGCAGCUUUCUGGACAAGGUAUUCGAAGUGCAGGAUUAUCAGUCGGUUGAUGAAAACUUUGUAGCCGAUUCAAUUGUUGUAGAGCAGAACAAAGCCUGGCUGCAGCUUGCAAAUAUUCCUCAGCGAUUUGCUUUCAAUGUCAGCAUUAAGACGGUGCAGCUAACGGUAAAGCGCGAGCAGCGCUUUCAGAAGAUAACAAACUUUGGAGGUGCUUUUACGGGCAGCGUUUCGCAUAUUAUACAACAACUGCCGACUGAUCUACAGGAUCAUAUCUAUAGAUCCUAUUUUCACCAAGAUGGUAUCGGCUACAACUCGGUACGCAUGUCGAUUGGCGGCUCCGACUUUGAUCUACAGCCAUGGGCCUACAACGAACUGCCCCGCAAUGAUCACUCAUUAAGCAACUUUACCACACUGGAUAGCAGAGAUCUGCAAAAAAUUGAACAGCUGAAACGUCUGAAAUCAGUUGGUCGUUUAAAUGACCUUAAAAUAAUGGCCGCGGCUUGGAGUGCGCCCACUUGGAUGAAGAGCAACGAUAGAUGGACGGGAUUCGGUCAACUAAAAUCAGAAUACUAUCAGACCUGGGCAGAGUAUCAUUUGAAAUUUCUCGAACUGAUGCAGUCUAAAAAUAUGUCCGUCUGGGCCAUAUCCACCGGCAAUGAGCCGUUAAACGGUGUCAUUGGUUUCUUUUUCGUACACUUUAUGAGCAUGGGAUGGACGCCUUGGCAGCAGGCCAUUUGGCUAAGCGAUUAUCUUGGACCGACCAUUAAGAACUCAAGUCAAAGUCACGUGCUUAUAUUUGGCAACGAUGAUCAGCGUUACACGUAUCCCUCCUGGUUUCGCAAGAUGCGCUCUUCUCGGACCAAAGCACUCGACUAUCUCGAUGGCCUGGCCGUGCACUGGUAUUGGGAUGAGGUGUUUGGGCCGCAGCUUAUAGACGAGGCGCACAAGGAAAUGCCGGAUAAAUUGAUAUUAAAUACGGAAUCAUGCAUCGGCGACAAACCCUGGCAGACGCAUGGCCCCGAACUGGGCAGUUGGGGGCGUGGCGAGAGCUAUAUGCGUGCCUAUAUACAGGACUUGUUACACAGUUUUAAUGGCUGGCUAGAUUGGAAUCUGGUGCUGGACGAGCAGGGCGGCCCCAACUAUGUGCAGAAUCAUGUCGAUUCACCGGUGAUUGUGAAUACAACAAGUCGCACCGAAUUCUACAAGCAGCCCAUUUACUAUGCCAUCGGGCAUUUCAGCAAAUUUGUGCCGGAGCAAUCUAUGCGGAUCGAGGCGCGCACCAAUGAAACCGAGUCCUUUUCCCAGCUGAGUGCUGUGGGCUUCCAAAGACCGGAUGGCAGUGUGGCGUUGAUCUUAUACAAUGGCGAAAAUGUACCCGUUAAUGUGGCCCUCAAUGACAGUCAACGUGGUGCAUUAAUUCUACGUCUGCCAGCUCGCUCCUGGCAUACGGUAAUCUACAAAUGAGCUGGCCGAUGAAUUCCGGGAAUCCUCAAAUGGGUUAAGCAUAGCGUAAAGUGAAAUAAGCUAUAUAUAUAUAUAUAUAAACAAGAGUCCAGCUGGUGCACGUAGUCGCUGCUGCCCCAAGGACCAAUUAGGAUAGAAUACAUGUUUGCCACUCGAGUGACAUAACAAAAAGGAAGCCAAUAAAUUGCCACGUAACAGGA